AACCGCACUCAGUUGAUCACAAACGCUUCAGCGCAUCGCCAAUAUUUACUGGUACGGAGAAACGCAAGCUUGCGGCGACUUGCUUGCUAAGUACGUAGAGUUUUUGUGUAGAGAUUUUGAGAAAAUACCGAGCAAAAAAAGCCUAUAAUUCUUGUUGUCAUAGUUACAAGUGGAAACGAGUUGUGCGUGCCCCGUCAAUAAAUAUACAAAUGAGUUAAGAAAAAUGCAUUUAACUGUCAUGCAAAUGAAUGUGUAAUUAAGUAAAUAGUCGUACAUAUUUAUGAGUGAAACGAAAAAUGGAAAAUUUACAUUAAGCUUUUGUCGACAUUUAACGAGUACGAAACAGAGCUUUAACUGAGCAACGGAGUUCGAUGUGGUUAAGGGAAGAGGGUGGGAAGGAAGAGCUGCAAUACACACACACACACACGCCUAAAAAAUAAUAAAAAAAUAUAGUGUAAAUUUAAUCAAAUCCAAGCUAUUUGAAGAUAGUGUUCAUGUGUUAGUGCUUUUAACAAUAAAAAGUGUGAAUUAAGACGCUCCAAAGAGUGUUGUGCUAUUUAACUAGUGUAAAACAAAUUACUCAAGUAAAGACGAUAAAUCAUUAAAAGUCUCCUGCAAAGGAUGAUGGUUUUGCCGCCAUAAAAAUCCCAAUAACCUCUAAGCCAAGCAAUAGUUGUGAAAUGUUACCGGAUAUUCAAACAUUCUGAUAAUAAGUAUCAACGAUAACUGAGGGCUGUUGAAAAUAUGUAAUGCAAUAAAAGCGAAAGUGCAUGUCUUAGCAAUAACAGUAUUCGUAACUCAAGUAUUGAUUACGACGUUCAAUACAAAGAUUUACAAAAAAUGCAUUUAAAGAAUGAUAAUGAAAUGAACUCAAAACCGGAAAUAAGCGCUCAUCUGAAUGUUGAAACGGUAGCAGCGAAACCAAGCGAAUUUAGUGCCACAUCAGCAGGAGACGAGGCACCAAUAACGCCAUCAACCUCGUCAGCUGGCAGUUGUGCCUCUUCAACAGACUCUGGCGUUAUCAUUAGCGACUACAAAAGUCUACAUGUCAACAAUGUUGAUAUCAAUCGCGACAAUUUCAAUUGCAAUGGUACAAGUGGCAACAACGCAAAAGAUAACAGCAACAGCAAUAUCGCCAACGGCUAUGACGACAAGCGGCGGCGGAGUGUGGAAAGUUUGAAAACAAACAAGAAUAUUACAAUAAAUACACAAAUUGAUAAUAAUAGCAUAAAUAUUGAAAAUGUAAUCAAUGUGCGGCGACAACGAAACUCGUCCGGCAGCAGGGCGUCUUCGAAGAAUGGCUCGCCGGCAGUGUCGAUACGCAGUAACACCAUAUCGAUCAUAUCGAUUGAUGAAAAUGCUAUUGACUCCAGCGUCGUUGACUCGGACUCGGACUAUGAAGGACAAUACAGCGGGUGCGUUGUGAAAAAGCUUGGCCAGCAAACAACCUACGAACCAAAUCACCCCAAUUUGCCGAAUAUUAAUAAAGGCAUGCAAGUGCUAAGUCAGACUAUAAGUCCAGGUGCAAUACCCCCAACAGCCGGCCCACUAUCCGAGACGAUACUCAAUGGCGGUCCGCUUGCAUCGCCCGUACUCGGCCCUCCUAUGCCGCCAAAUUCAGCGCAAAUCGGUAGCAUCGCACUCUCGAAUUCCACAGAUGUUACCUUCGGCGAUAAGCAUUUUUACGAGGGUCCCGUAACGAUACAACAGUUUCUCAUUGAUAGCCGUGAUAAAUGGAAAAACGGUGAAGACGGAAAUGAUAAUCCUGCCUUCACUGGCGAUCCAGAAAACGGCGAAAAAUUUAAUAAUUCGUCCACACCGCCCGAAACUUCGUAUAUAUUCAAUUUUCAUCGGCGAGCUGUCAUCAUUACCGGCGCUGUAAUACUACUUACAAUAUUAGCUGGAAUAGCUAUAGUCACGGUGAAUGCUCUCACAAAACAGACGAUUCGAAAAAGUAAGCUUCUAGGCGAUGGCGACGAUUCCAGAAAGCAUAUUCCAAUCAAUUCAACAAUAGCACCUCUGCCCGAUGGGGAGUACAAAUUCAAUGGCACGUUACUGGUAGUCAGCAAGGAUGAAUGGUAUGCCGAGGCAGAGCACAAUGGCGUUAACAAGCUAAAACUGCCAGCGCAACGCGUCAUUAUAGCACACACUGCAUCGACAUCGUGUGAGAAUAAGCUUCAAUGCGAUGCUCGAGUACAAAGUGUGCAAGCCUUUCAUAUACACUCAAAUGGUUGGGGCGAUAUCGGUUAUAAUUUUCUAGUUGGCGGCGAUGGUUUGGUAUACGAAGGACGUGGCUGGUAUAACGAAGGCGCCCACACCUUGGGCUAUAAUAAAGAUAGCAUCUGUAUAGCAUUCAUCGGUACAUUUAAUGUGGCAGUGCCCACAGAAAACGAUUUGAAAGCAGCUCAAUUACUCAUCGACGAAGGAGUGAAGUUAGGAGUGCUUCCAGAAAACUAUCGACUUUACGGAGCCCGGCAACUAAGUGCCACUGAGAGUCCCGGAAAAGCACUGUAUAGCAUAAUAAUGAAGUGGCCUCACUGGAGCAGACAAAUUUGAAUGGAGUGCAGAGAUUUUAAAUUUAAUUUUCAAUUCGAAAAUAAUAAUUAGUGUCAUUGGAUUGUAUAUUUUUAUGCUUUAUGUAGUAGUUUUACCUUAAUUGUAUUUAUA